AAUGACCUUUUGCUCUUAUUCAUGGCCUGGUCUGGCUUUAUAAGAGAAGUGGGCAUGCUAGAAAAACUAAACAGACCUGACAACUACAAACAGGAUGACUAUGACAACAGUCAUACAGCGGGCCGUGUGGGUUUUAUUCCUCUGGCCCUAUCUGCUAACCUGCAGCCUCCCUCUGGACUGUAGGGAAGAUCACGGCAGCUUCUCCCGCUGCCCCUCUAUCUCUCAAGAGAAACUUCUGGACCGGGUCAUCCAGCAUGCUGAGCUCAUCUACCGGGUGUCAGAGGAGUCAUGCUCUUUGUUUGAGGAGAUGUUUGUCCCAUUCCCACUGCAGCUCCAGAGGAACCAAGCUGGCUAUGCAUGCAUCACUAAAACUUUACCCAUCCCCAGCUCCAAAAGUGAAAUCCAACAGAUAUCUGAUAAAUGGUUGCUCCACUCUGUGCUGAUGCUAGUUCAGUCCUGGAUCGAGCCUCUGGUCUACCUGCAGGCCACACUGGACCGCUACGAUGGUGCUCCCGACAUGCUGCUCAACAAAACCAAAUGGGUGUCUGAGAAACUGAUCAGCCUGGAGCAAGGGGUGGUGGUCCUCAUAAAGAAGAUGUUAAAUGAAGGAAUGACGACCACGGCCUACAGCGAGCAAGGCCUCCUCCAGUUCGACGGGCAGCCCGAGAUGCUGGAAUCCGUUAUGAGAGACUACACUUUACUCAGCUGCUUCAAGAAGGACGCCCAUAAGAUGGAAAUUUUGCUCAAGCUUCUCAAGUGUCGACAAACCGACACAUACAACUGUGCAUAAAACAUGAAAAGAACCCUUUAAAUAAAACAGUGUUGAGCCUUAAAUUAAUUCCUGAGGUGGGUUGCUGUCCACUUAUAGAUAUGACCAUGCCUCAGGGCCAUUCAGCCUCGCUUGCGACGCAGCACAUUCUUUAUUGAUUGUUUUGGAACACCUUCACACAAAACUAAGUAGGUGUGAUGCUGUGCCCUUUUCUUCAACAUACUGCAUUUUAACUUCCCCCGCUCCGUUGUUAUUUUAACCUGGCAAAGGCAACAGAGGGCAAACUCCCAAAAGAUUAUUUGCGUGUCGAGCUGUCAAAAAAAUCUGCAUAUCCUGCCAUUGAUUUCCAUAUCCUUUGUUCUUAGCUGGAGUUUGUAUUCCUCCCUGGCUCUCGCAGUGUUUUGAUUAUUCCCACGGCCCCUAGAGUAUUCAGUGAGACUCCUCUUUUUAAAUGGAGUUGGUUUCACUUCUUCUGCACUAGCGGAAUGAAAUACUUUCACCGGAGAUGGGAGUCAAACAGAGAGCAAUCGCUACUUUAAAAAAAAAGGACACGUUUUGAUUGGUUGGAGAGAGUGUCAGAGAGACAGAGAGGGGGAACAAAUAACUGCUAAAAUGAAACAUCCAGAGUUUUUUUGCUCGACACAGGUUUGGAAUCAUGGGGUGCUCGCGUCGAAAUCACUGCUAUUUUUAUGCCUUAAAGUGAAUGAGCUUUAUUAUUCCAUUUUAAUGAUCGGGGGAUUAACACACCAUUUUUAACUAAUAGCUGUUGUGAAUGUGUAAUGCACAAUGCAACUUAUUUUUGUACUCUCAUGUGUAAAUAGAAGAGCCCAGUGUAAUGUGAAAAAACCUUUCUUGGCACCUGCUCUUGACUUAUGGCGCUAAUAAAGCAUGCUGUAAAAAAGAAA